AUGGAAGAAGAUGGUGCUAGUGAAGGAGAUAAUUUGGAGUUACCUCGGAAGAAGUUUUAUAGACAAAGGGCUCAUGCGAAUCCAAUAAGUGACCAUGACUUUUGUUAUCCUGUCUCUCCUAAACAGAUGAACUGGGAGAUCUACUUCGGUGAUCUGGCUAAGAAGUUUCAAGUAGAGUUUGUUGAUGUUGGUUGUGGUUAUGGUGGCUUGCUUAUCAGUCUUUCUGCUCUGUAUCCGCAUACACUUAUACUUGGAUUGGAAAUUCGAACUAAAGUCAGUGAUUAUGUACAAGAUAGAAUUACGGCGUUACGUCUUCGAGAACCAGGGAAAUACCUUAAUGUGGCAUGCUUGCGUGCUAAUGCGAUGAAGUAUUUACCUAAUUAUUUUUAUCAACAUCAGCUGAGCAAAAUGUUUUUUCUUUACCCUGACCCGCAUUUUAAAAAGGCAAAGCACAAGUGGCGAAUCAUCACGCCGAAUUUAAUUGCUGAAUAUGCUUACAUUUUGAAACCAGGAGGACUCAUUUAUACGAUGACAGAUGUAGAAGAAUUGCAUAUUUGGAUGGUCAAACAUCUUUCUGCUCAUCCAUUAUUUACGCGUUUAACUGCGAAAGAAAUGAAAACUGAUCCAGUUAUAGAAGUGCUAUAUAGUAGCACAGAAGAAGGACAAAAAGUAUCACGAAAUCAAGGGUCAAAAUGGCCUGCCAUUUUCAGGCGUUUACCUAAUCCUGACUUGAUUUCAUGA